AUGGUACUUCCGAACAGGGUGGUUGAACUCAACAUCCCUGAAUUCGCCGUGCGUCCUGGUGACUGCACCUUUGCGUGGACAUCAAUUGUCAAUAACAAGGCCCCGUUGGUUAGCCAGGUAUGCUGGGAGGCUCAUGGUGUUGCUUUGAAGCACUGCACUCGUAAGUCUGAUAAGCAGCGAGCAAAGGACCUCGGCCUCAAACUUCCUCAUCAGACUUCAGAUGCCGGUCCGAUGCCGGUCUCUUUGGUCUGGUCCUCCAAUAAUCACCCACUGGUGAAGCCAGAUAAGGGUCAUCUAUGGUUCAACGCGGCGCGUGACACUAUUAUUCUCUAUCACAGCCCUUACUGGGAGAGAAGAUCGGCCUGGUUUGCUCUCCAGUCCCGUAUAGCACUAUAUGGGUACCUUGCCGCCGAUCGCGCCGUUUACGCUUCCAUGUGGAACCCCUGGCCAAGAUGCAUGCGGCAUUUUAACCACCACGUGUUGGCUAGUGCUCCCGCUGUUCCCUGGGCUGACCCGAUCUUCGUCUUGAGGAUUGUGGCCAUCCACGCCACUGAGGAAGAAGCAAGGGUCUCUGGUCUAUUCGGGUUUUCAGGCGACGAGCAUAUCCAGCUUAUCGAUCCCCGGGAUAUCAACCUCCUCAUGGAGUUCUUCUUGCUGACGAGAGCUACGUUCCACGAACAGGGUCCGAGUACCGUUGCUUUCUUCGAAGGGUUGCGAGCAAACGUAGGAAAGUGGGAGUCGCAAGUCAUGGCAUGGAGGAGAGAUGCCAUGACACGCGAGUUGUGGCUACUAUGGAUAAAGGAAUACCACCAACAUUUCUCCGGGAUCGACCACCCGGAGGAUGUGUUCUCAGGUCCGAGGAGCCGCCAUGGCGUCGACCUGGAUAUGAGAGAUCCAGCCUCGUACCGAUCCCCGUUGACUCAUGGCCCUAUUGAUCUCGAACAAUACGGCCCCAACGAGAACCAUCCUUGGGUUGCCGAUGCCUUGGCGAAUCUGCCCACAUUUCGCCACCGGAUACAAUUCCGGCACUGCGCUCUUCGCUGCAUUUUAGCACCCACGUGGUUGACAGAGGCUUAA